AUGGCAGCCCAUCGGAACGAAGAGUGGGUUCGAAGGAGCGACGAUCCCCCUGCUCUUUUGGAUCUCGGUCGCCUUGAUGACAUCGCUAAAGAGUUGAACGACCCGCGCUCGCAAUAUCCCCAAAUCGUCGUAUACUGCGGUGGUCGGUCGAAAAAUCGAGCCCUACGUCGUUCUCACCCGACGGCGAGCCGCACAUGUCGCUCGCAACGUCGCCCCACACUUGGACGGCUUUGCCUUGAUCGAUCGACACGUCGGACCGACACUCCCUUGCUAAUAUUGAAUGCAGACUUCUCCGACAUGGUUACAAAUCAGCCGCUACACUGCUCUGACGGGUCUAAUGAUGCCGUGAAGGCGUACUAUACGCUCGAGGCUUCGCCGACUCACGAUUGGGCUGCCACCAUCAUGCAUCGGCUCUUUUUUCCUUUUUGUGAUGUCAUUGUGCUCUUCGCCGAAGACAUGGGUGGCUUGCACGAGGUCAGUGUCUGUUUACAGAAGUGGUGUUCGCUACCCGCCAAUUCCACACUUCCUACAACUGUGAAGCUACAGGUCAUUGUGGUUUUCUCACGGGUGGGCACCGCCGAGUCUCAGAUCGAAGAAGAAACAUUCACGGCGGCCUGCCGUCAUCUCCAAUAUAGUAGUCAUUUCGCCGGCAUCACACUACGGUGCCCAGCCGAGCUGGUGGGUACGCUCCGAUCGCAUCUUCAAGUCGCCAAAGACCGACGCAGAAGAGAGCAUCUAAUGUUCACGACACACCACAUGGCCUGGUUCUUCGGUAGGGCCGUGCAACACGUUGCGGCAAGCCUAGAGACGCCGUUUGACUUUCUCGCGACCUCACGUGCAAUGCGUCCCCCAGCUGUGCACCUGCGAGAAGCACUCUCCACGCUCAUGCAAAUUACCUCUCUCCAUCGUCUGUCCCAUCGCUCGACCAUGACUCUAGUCGCAUCUCGUAUUUUGUUGGAUGCGUAUCAACCAUUUGAACACGAGUUUCCACCCAAGCAGCUGUUCGACCGGUUCUACUCCGCUCUCGUGCUACAAGCCCUGGAAGACACGUACCUACCGGCGAUUCUGGCCAACACCACCCCGCGGGCUGAGGUUGCUUCGGCUCUUCUUCAGCAAGUUCUUGAUAUCGCAACCCAGCUCUUCGAGAGGCUCAUUGACCAAGGGUCAAGCUCUACACGAAUACAAACUCAGACCCUUCACGAACACGCCCCGACGGUUGGAUGGCUGGCGCCUGACUUGCACAGGGCAUGUUUCUUCUGUCUGUCACCUGCUCCCGAGCACAUCUUUGCGUGUGGCCAUCAAAUCUGCGACUGUUGUGUCAUUCGCCUCGGACAGCAGUUAAGUGAUGCCGAGUAUCAAUAUGAUGUAUCCUGUGUUCUCUGUCGUGACGAUCGCACCUUGAAAGUGACUUUGAAGCCGCCGACAGCAGGCGUUCGAAUUAUUUGUCUUGAUGGCGGUGGUAUCAGAGGUCUGAUCCAGCUCGAUAUCAUGAAGAAGCUUGAGAAUCGACUCGGUGGUGAUUUGGACUGCAGAGACUGUUUCGAUCUGGCUUUGGGAACCAGUGCCGGGGGAUUGACGGUGCUCGGACUGUUCGCCGAGGGCUGGUCCCUGACCAGAUGUCGUCGGAUAUUCGAAGAGACUGCGAAAAGUGUGUUUGGAGCCCCUGCCAUGUUUGGCAUUGUCCCAUACGUUCGUUACGCUUUGAAAGACGGCAUGUAUAGUUCACAGUUGAGGAGAGAAGUACUCCAGCGCAACUUUGGCCCGUCCCGGCACCUGUUCGGACCCGCGCAGACCGGUACGUCUGGAACCAAGGUAGGGGUUACACUUACCCUUGCCGAUACGUCGACAGGGAACAACCAUGGUCCGCCACUCUGCAUUGCAACCAACUACAGUGGCGAGGGAAAGGCGUCGUCCGAACAGCCUGGUUAUACACCGGGACUCGUUACGUCGGCGGCACCGUUGUACUUCAAACCCGUCCAUGUACCGCCCUUGAACACCUGCGUGGAUGGAGGCCUCCACGGUAUCAAUCCAGCAGAAAUAGCUGUCAGCGAGGCCUACCGCCUGUGGCCUAGUGCGAAAGUGGACGCUAUCGUCUCGAUAGGUACGGGUAGGAGUGAUGCGCCUCACGCUAAACGCUCGUUGAAGUGGCUACCGCCUUCCCUUGCAUGUCUGGCUGGAUGGGCAUCCACGGCCUUGGCGGAUGUACUUGACCCCGAGAAGAUCCACGGAAAUCUUAGACGUCGAUUUCAAGAAGGAAUCACAUAUCACCGUCUGAAUAUUGACUUCCGGCGCCUUCCCCGCAUGGAUGAUCUCAGUUGUAUCCGACUCAUACCCACAGCGGUCAGCCAUGGAUUGGACGCGCGACAGCUGGAUGCUGUGGUGCUGUCCCUUCUGUCCAGCUCUUUCUUCUUCGAAUUAGACAGCAUGCCUUCUUGCGACUUGCUACGGAACAGGUAUCGGUGCGCUGGAUCGCUGCGCAUUCGAGGCAAAGGACAAAAGGUCUUGCAGCAUUUGGAGCGAUUCUGGCCAUCUGGCGCCGCAUUUCGGCUGAGCGGCACGGCACAACGCUUUGAAUACCCACUAACAUUGGGCGAGAUUUGUCCGCAGUGCACCCGCUUUAAGAAGAGCAUCCACUUUCACGUGAGAGAUCUAGACCAGCAGGUCCAACUGCAUUUAGUUCCGCGAAAUGUCGAUGGCAGCAAUGAUUGUAACGGCCCGCGUUUAGUAUCUGGCUUCCCAAAUACUUUGAGGUGGUUUGUGGCGCGGCAGAGACUCGAUCACCUGGUAUCUGGCGAUGAUCUAAUCACGAAGUGUAUGUGCCGCGGGCAUGCCGCACAUGUCAAGUAG